UUUCAUUUCGCAGCGAACGGCGCAGCAGUCCAGAACAAAAGUCGGGAAACUAAAAAUCGGCAUCGGAGAUUGUUAUUUUUGCCAGACCCGCAAAAAAUAAAAGCCAAUGAAAAUGUCGCUAAAAUGCAAAUGCAGCUAAAAGUUAUCGAGUAGCGUGUGUGUGUGUGCGCCGUCGAGCGAGCGUGUGUGUGUGGGCUUUUUAUCGAUCACACUCCGCUCUUCUUCCGCUUCCUUUCUCCCCCCACCACCCCCUCUUUCACCAACGCCUCUGCCUCUCUCCAACUGAAUUUCAAAGCUGAAAAUCGGAAAAUUAUACAAUUGCAUUCGAAAAUUACGACGUACACACGUACGUACAUACGUACGUACAGCACCCCCGAAAAAAGCGCUGAGGAAAUCUCGCCAAAACGCAAAAUCAAAGUCAAAUAAAAAGACAACAGAAAGCAGAAAACGGAAAAGCAGCCAAAAGGCAGGGAAAAUCUAAGAGGAAAACAAACAUUUUGUAGUGACCUCAGCUGCAGCUGCAAGUGCAAGUUAAAAAUACACAAACAAAGCGGAAAUGGGCGAAAACUAAAAGCACAAAGCAAAUAGUAACGGUUAAGUUAAAGCCAGCACAAAACCAAGUCCAACUGGAGCUCCUAACAUUUACUUACACGGUUAAAAGUUAAUAUUUACUUAAAUACAGGCAGCCCACGCCUUUUAUCGCCAGUGAAUUUAUGAAUUUAUCAAACUAAACGAAAACAAAAACUCAAUAACAAUUGACACACACACACAGGCGCACACACCAGUACUUCAAGUGCAUUGGGAGAGCCAAAGAGAGGGUGUCCGAGCAGAGAGCCGGGGAAGAGAUAAACUUGGGCUCCGCUCUCCUCGCCUUUGGCAUUCGCACGCGGGCAGCGACGCCAAGCGGACGUUCCUCCUCCUCCUGCACUUCAUCCGCCUUCUCCUACUCUUUCAAUUUUCAACUCCACCAAACCGCGUGUGUAGGUUAGAGGGAAACCUUAACCCUUAGGCCGCCACCAUGGUGGAUAUCAACAGUUCAAAUCCCGGCAGUGUGGGCGGCGGCAAUUCCGCCUCCUCCGCCAGGCUGCGGAGAUUCGAGAGGACGGACAGCGAGCUGGCUUGUGAGGAGGCGGCCAGGCUGACGGCAGAGCAGAGUCCCGAGGACGAGGACAACCAGGACAACGACGAGGAUGACGAGGACGAGGAGAGCGUGUACGGAGAGCUGCCCCCUCCGCCGGACGGAGGAUACGGGUGGGUCAUCUGCUUCGCCAGCUUCAUGUGCAACAUGAUCGUCGACGGCAUAGCCUACACAUUCGGCAUCUUCCUGGAGGAGUUCGUGGCCUACUUCCACGAGGGCAAGGGCACGGUGGCCUGGGUGGGCAGCCUCCUCUCGGGCGUCUACCUCAGUGCCGGGCCUAUCGUCUCCGCUCUGGCCAACAAGUACGGCUGUCGGGCUGUCUGCAUAGCCGGCAGCAUAAUCGCCUGCAUCGCCUUCGUCCUGAGCACCUUCAGCACCAGUGUGAGCAUGCUGAUGGCCACCUACGGCUUCAUGGGAGGAUUCGGUUUCGGCAUGAUCUAUCUGCCGGCGGUGGUGGCCGUGGGCUAUUACUUUGAGACCAAGAGGAGUCUCGCUACCGGAAUCGCUGUAUGUGGUUCUGGAUUCGGCACCUUCGCCUUUGCUCCCCUGGCCACGUACCUCCUGGAGGAGUACGGCUGGAAGAACGCCCUGCUCAUCUUCGCCGGUCUGAUCCUCAACUGCGCCAUCUUCGGGGCCAUGAUGCGUCCUUUGACCUACCCGAAGAAGAAGAAGCAGAAGCCCCUGAUGCAGCGGAUGUACGAGGAGAAGCAGCUGCAGCUGGAGAGGGGAUCCUUUGCGGGCUCCCACUUUAUGGUGCAGCUUCCGGAUGGAACCAUGGAGCGCAAGUUAAAGAUGCCUUUGAAUGCUGAUCCCGGCGUGCACUCUAGCUUGAACCUCGAGCUACUGGCUCAACAGGCGAGCGGCGGCGGGGGUCUGCAUCCCGUUUCCACGCUGCCCACCAUCACGGAGUCCAAGGUGGUCGAUGUCCAUCGCCAGAAUGGCGCACAGUCCCCGCCAAAUGGUGACAGCAAUGGCCAGUUGUCCGCCCGAUCAGCUGCAGGCGGCGGACGUCGUCCGCACAGGAACUCCGAGUCGGAGAACAGUCCGUACCAUUCGCAGGACGCCAUGACCAGGAACGCCUCGCAGCCGGCCUUCCUCGCGGGCGAUCACCAGAGCCUGCCCAAGAACGGAUCCGUGCCGGCCUUCAACACGCGGGUGAGGAAGACCUCUGCCUCGGAGCGUUUCCAACCCUCGCUGGCCGCCAUCAGGGCCUCUUCUCGCGGCGAUCUGGAGGCCGGAGCUGGCGGAGAUUUCGCCUCGUCCAAGUUGUCGCUCUCGCAGCGGCAGGGCGGCAGUCAGACGGGCAGCAGCGGCCGGAUGGUGCGUCCCAUGUCCCGCAAGGACAUCUUCUAUUCGGGAUCCGUGACGAACCUGCCCCAGUAUCAGUCCCAGAAGUCGCUAACCAACUACCGAAACUCGGUUCUGUCGCUGACGAAGUACGAGAAGAGCAUGCAGAGCGUGGCCAAACUUGAUCCCCUGGCGGAGGCCGAGAAGCACCGCGAGGAGUACGACCUGUGUCCCUGCCUGGGCAUUCCGGAUUCCGUGAAGUCCGUGGUCAACACCAUGUUGGAUGUGAGCCUGCUCAAGGAUCCGGUCUUCAUGCUGAUCGGAGUCUCCAACAUCUUCGGUAUGGCCGGGUUAUAUGUGCCCUUUGUCUACCUGGUGGACGCGGCCAAGGAGCACAAUGUGCAGAAGAACGACGCCGCCAUGCUGAUCUCCAUCAUCGGCAUCACCAACACAGUGGGUCGCGUGUUCUGCGGAUGGGUUGCGGACCUGCCGCAGGUCAACUCGCUGCUGCUCAACAACUGCUGCCUCCUGGUGUCCACCAUCGCCGUGACUGUGACCCCACUGUGCUACAGCUACGCGGCCUACAUAACCGUGUCCAUAUUCUUCGGACUGGCCAUCUCCGGCUACAUCUCGCUGACGUCAAUUAUCCUGGUCGACCUGCUCGGCCUAGACAAGCUAACAAAUGCCUUCGGACUGCUGAUCCUGUUCAGGGGAUUCGCCGCCUUAAUCGGAACGCCUUUGGCGGGAGCCAUCUACGACAUGACGCACACCUACGACCUGCCCUUCUACAUGGCCGGAGCCCUGUUCGGCAUUUCCACCAUAACCAGCUUCCUGGCGCCCUGCCUGAAGCGGUGCAGUCCCGCCGAGGAGACGCCCGUGCAUGUGGAGACCCUUACGCCCAUAGACGAGGAGCAGGGCGAGGAUGCCGAGGACGAGGACGAGGAUCAGCCCAUCACCAUAGUGCCCAAAAUCAUCAAGACGCUGGCGAGUCCACAGCAAGAGGAGGGACAUCCGCAGUUCCCCCAGAAGACGAACGAAUCGAAGCUCUAAGGGGCGCAUCAGUUGGGAAGAAGAUGAAUUUACACGGGGCACUGCGGGGCUCAAGGAGAUCCGGUGAGAUAUUUUUCUAUUUACUUAUACAGCAGAGGAGGAGAUCAGAGAUCGAGCACACCUAUAUACAAAGUGGAGAAGUCGGAUAUGUAUAGCCAGCCCCAUACCACGUAUAUACACAUAUAUAUUUAAGCCUAGGCAACAGCGGAGGAGGAGGUGAGCUGCGGAAACUCACUUUUCUACCAGGAGAACUCAGCUUAGCUUGCGAUAAGAUAUAGAAGAAACCUUCGGCUAUAUAUAAUUAUACUACGCUCAUAAAUUAACGAUCGAAAACUGAUACCGAUCGCUGGUAGAUUGCAACUGUUAUACAGCAACCACAAAAUAUUGUAAAGUAACUUCUAUUAUUAUUAUUUGUUUGUUAAACCCUACGAUUACUAUGAUUACCAUUAUGAUUACUAUUAAAGAUAAAUGAUUAUUGUGUAUUCUACUACAUAGUUGUUGGCCAGGCGUUAUUAAUGUGUCAUACUGUAGGCGAUAUAGCGAUAUAUAGAGUGUGUGAAAACUGUAAACUGUAGCUAAGUAGAAGUGGCCCGAUUAACUUAAAGAAUAACAGCAGCCAGAGCAGCAACUAUUUCGAAAACCAAUAAAUUGUAUACUUUUAAGGAAGAACGCUACACAAGAGAACUCAAAGGCGAAUACACACAAAGGAACCGCAUUAAGAUCUAAAAUUGUUUUCAAUUUUACACUAAUCAUUUAGGUGGCAAACUCAAAAUACAAAUUUACGGCUCAUUUUUGUAAGUUACUAACUAAACUAAAGUCCAGCAACAGCAACUAAAACCAAGAGCAAAUGAAUUUUUAAGGCUUGUGUAUGUCUGUUUUAAACUAUCCAAAUAUAUAGCCUAGCAGCUACGAACCAUAAGCAAUACAGCAAGUGCAGUUCUAUACAAACGAAAUUGUUCACGCGGCUAAACUAAUUAAACAGUAUAUAAUAUGUACCACAAACAAUAUUCUAAAUCUGUUAUACGCAUAAGGACAGGGCAACAACAAGUGGAACGAGUGGAAAACACAUCAAAAGUAACAUUUAGAACAAUAAGUGUUGAUGGAAUGAGAAAAGCAGCCAGAAUAGUAAUAAAAGAAAUUGCCAUACAUUUUAAAAACUGUCAAA